GAUGAGGGUGAUGGUGAUGAAGGUUGGUAGUAGUGGCGAUGAUGAUGAUGAUGAUGAUGAUGAUGAUGAUGGUUAUGUGAUGUAGGCAAUAGUAGGUAAGUGAGGUUCCAUUCAGAGCACAGCUGUGAGUCCUCCUCCUGAAGCUCCACCCCUUCAUCUCUCCUCAGUGUCUGGUUCUUCUGCACAUUAAUGAACAUGCACUCAUCCUGAACAGAGCUUUAUCACUUCAUCACAUCAACAUGACUGUAACAGAGCGUAACGGAUGCACGUAUCUGUUCCUCUUCGUCGUGGCGGUUGUGGGAUGGCACGAUCUGGAUAACAGUGAGUACGACUGCUGGCCGAUGGAGAAACCAGAUGAGCUGAACAUGAUCGACUGUGGAGGAUUAGAGAUGGCCUGGGUGUUGCGUCCCCCAGAGAAAGUUGUGAGCGGUGAGGAGUUCAACGUCAUUUACUCAGUAACAGUCAAUAAUGAGUUUUAUCAGUGGGCUGUGGAGCGCGAUCUAUUUGUUCAUAGGUCUGACUUCUCUGAUUGCUCAUAUCCCCGACAUUUCUGUGAAGAACAGGAGUGUCCCAAUAACUGGAAAGACGCCAACGGAGAGAACUGCUGCAUUCACCACGCUAACAUCCACUCCUGCCCUAUGGGUUAUAUGAAAGCAGCAGAAGAGAGGAUCUGUGGUCCAUGGAUUCCUGAUGAUGGCAAAAUCUUCACACACACCAUCUCUACAUCAGGCAAAAUGACGCAAACCAACUGGACUGCCAAGGUGGUUCUGGUCCACGAGGGUCUGACUUCUCUGAUUGCUCAUAUCCGUGUGGGGAACAUGCAGGUGGCUCUGGAGACCAAGAGCACCGUCCUGCCAACCAUCAUGUGUGGUGAUGGUGUGUGUGAUGAAGAGGAGAGCUGCUCCACAUGUCCAGCAGAUUGUGGUGAUUGUCCACUCAGUGCUUCAAUACGUGCUGCUAUCGGGCUAAUUGUAGCCAUCAUUUUCAUCAGCUUCUUCAGCACUGCUAUGUGGUUUAGGUAUCAAAAACAGAAGUUGUUGUGGGAUGAAAGCUGGAUCAUUGACUACAGCCAAAUAAAACAGGAUCAUGUUGCCCAGAACGUGAUGGGGAGUAUAAUCAGUGUUCCAGCUCUGGUGAACAGUGACGCCAAUGCCAGCUGUGUGACGGGACUUGGAUCCACAAUUGGCUUCUCGGCCUCACACAAACAUCUGUACACACAAACCGGCAUCUAUGAUGGACGAACGGUGGCCAUUAAGAAGAUUAAAACCAAGACAUUUUCUCUGUCAAAAGUCAUUAGGCAGGAAGUCAAGCAAGUCAGAGAACUCGACCAUCCCAACCUGUGCAAGUUUUUUGGAGGUUGCAUUGAGAUGCCCAACAUUGCCAUAGUAACCGAGUACUGCCCCAAAGGCAGCCUGAGUGACGUGCUGCUUAACGAAGAGAUCCCACUCAACUGGGGCUUCAGGUUCUCAUUUGCGACGGAUAUCGCACGUGGAAUGUCGUACCUGCACCAGCACAAGAUCUGUCACGGCAGACUUACAUCAACCAACUGCGUCAUUGAUGACCGCUGGGUGUGUAAAAUCGCAGAUUAUGGUCUGCUUGUGUAUCGGCGUGAAGACUGUGCUGAACCUCUCACCACAUACCAGAUGAGGCUGAAGGAAGUGUACACUCCUCCUGAAGCUCAGAAUGGCAACCUGGAGCCCACACUGGCUGGAGAUGUGUUCAGUUACUCGAUUAUUCUGCUGGAGAUCGCCACCAGGAAUGAUCCUGUCCCUGUGGAGGACAAUUCAUUAGAGGCUGCAUGGUGUCCUACACUUCCUGAACUGAUUUCUGGGAAAGCUGAGAACACCUGUCCCUGUCCAACUGAGUAUGCAGAGCUGAUUCGUCGAUGCCGCUCCCAUAACCCCACCCACAGACCCACCUUCGAGCAAAUCAAAAAAUUUGUUCAGAGGAUCAAUCCUCACAAAGUCAGUCCAGUGGAUAUGAUGAUGAAUCUGAUGGAGAAGUACAGUAAACACCUGGAGGUUCUGGUGGCUGAGCGCACGCAGGAUCUGAUGCAUGAGAAACAAAAAACUGAUCGACUGCUCUACAGUAUGCUGCCAAAGCAGGUAGCUGAUGAUCUCAGACAGGGAAAACAGUCUCAGGCUCAGAGCUAUGUCAGCGCAACAGUCUUCUUCAGUGAUAUAGUGGGAUUUACCCAGUUGUCCAGUACCAGCACUCCGUAUCAGGUUGUCGACUUUCUGAACAAACUUUACACAACUUUUGAUGAAAUCAUUGAAAAUCACGAUGUCUACAAAGUGGAGACCAUCGGAGACGCCUACAUGGUGGUUUCAGGUGUGCCACGUGAGAAUGGAAUCCUCCACGCAUCUGAAAUUGCUAGCAUGGCCCUUGAUCUGGUGAGCGUGUGCAAAACGUUCAGGAUCCCUCACAAGCCCCAAACACAGCUUCAGAUCCGUGCAGGAAUACACUCAGGCCCGGUGGUGGCCGGUGUGGUUGGGACUAAAAUGCCACGUUACUGUUUGUUUGGAGACACGGUAAACACAGCGUCACGCAUGGAGUCCACCAGUGAAGCUCUGAAGAUCCAGUGCAGCCCACACGCGUUUUAUCUGCUGGAGGAGAUUGGAGGAUACAUCAUCACCUACAGAGGAGUGUUACAGGUCAAAGGUAAAGGGGACAUGGUGACGUACUGGUUGGAGGGGAAGCAGUCAGUGAAGGUCAGUAAGGAGAAUAAGGAGAAUAAAGAGAGGAAAGUGGAGGAUGUAGACACACAGCAGUUACAUCUCCUCCCUGGAGUCUGCAACCAUGACGACAACUCCACCAGCCACAACCUGCUGUUUGACCCCAACUAACACACACACACACACACACACACACACACACCUAUCAGGAUAGUGUACCUCCAACUAAUAAUCACUCAGCUGUGUUUAGUAACUUAUUCCUAACAUCUGGAUGUAAUUACUGUAACAUCUGUAAUGUGAAUACUGCUGUGUGACGGUCGGUGUGUGAUGUCUAGUUGUAUGUAGACGACAUCAGAUUUGUAGGAAACACACACACAUUGAUGUUAAAACGUUGUAGUGUCUGUGUUGAAUAAAUAAAUAAAUAAUAAUGACAUCAUCACUCAGAGUUGUGUGUUGGCUGAUUGAGACUUUCUCUCUCUCUCUCACACACACACACACACACACACACACACACAC